UGGGACUCUCACAGUUUGCCUGCGAGAAUACACUGCCUCUCAGCAGCGAUACACACAGGACACGCUAACGCGGUGGGGACCGGCCAGCACUUUUACACGGAUAAAGAGGACGGAGGAGCAAAUAAUCUUCGAUUAAUAGGAUACACAGAAGAUAUGAGUAAGGAGAGAGAGUGAAAAAACGAAGAAACCAGCCGAUGUUGUCGGCGAUAAAACACCAGUUGUGACUCCUAUGAAAGAGCGGCGCCCCGAAUGCGGAUGCUUAGGACAAGAGGAAAUUGUCUUAAGGAGGAAAAGCAACAUUGCCGAUUUUGGGGGGGUUGCAUUUGGGAAAGACAUUGAAGGCGGGUACAAUGAUUGCUGCGCAUUUAAGGGGACAGACGCUUGAUUUUUUAUAGCUAGCUAGCUGACGUUACAUUUGCUCACUGGCUGGACCCUAUAGCUAGUUUCCAGUGUUGUUUGCACGGAUAGAGCAGGAAAAAUGAAGUUUCGCAAGAGCUAACGUUAGCUGGCAAACUUAUACUUUUAUGGUAAUUUCCAUCUUCUGGUGUUUCAAAAUAAUAAGCAGAAGAAAGCGAGAAAAGUCGUACGGGAGGGUGGUCGCUGAGUAUCGUCAUUGCAGCUACCACUCGGCAGCUAGUUGGUUAGCUAGCCAGUUUGCUAAUUUCCCUUUUCAGUCGUCCCCUCCCCCUCUACCACCAUAUGUGAAAAAAACGAUAGCUACCAAAAAAAAAAAACCGCAAGACAAGAGAAAAUAGACGGAACUUGGCUAGCUUUCAGUAUCUAGCUAGGUUGUUAUCAUAUCUCCAGUCAGUAGUGAGAUGGGGAUAAUCUGAUUAAUGGUGAAACGCUGGCCAGUUAAUGGGUUGCUUUCAUUUUGAACUUGAUUAGCCAGCUGGUUGUCGUAUUAGGUAGUGGUAGCUAGCGAUAGUGCUAGCGAGCUAGUCUGGGGACGGUCAGUAUAACAAACCCCCUUUCCUUGUCAACCAUGAAAAUGGAGAAGCGCUUGUAUUUCUCUGCCGUAGUUUAGCGCUGUCAACUCUACACACUACGUUUUUGUCGAUGUAUUAUUUUUUAGCUGGCAGAUUAGCUACAUACGAUUAAAGAUAAAUGUACUUCAGUUGGAUAAUCCCUAGAGCUAUCAGUGGCUAGCUAGUCUGCUAAUGAUAGCAAUCGAUGCCUCCUUUCAGUGCAUCAUAAGAGAUCGGCGAUACAGGAAGCAAACAACGGAAGCAACGAAAAAUAACAUUGUGGGAUGAAUUGGAAUUUUAAAAAAAAUUUUUAAUCCCGCUGAGUUAGCUAGUUUUAGAUUUUAAUUGUUGACUGUUAUUUUAAGAUUGAAGCUGCACUAACCGACGAAUUGUUCGACUUCACAAUGGAUUUGAUUUGCAGCUAGCCUAACAGCAACAAUAAUUAUAUUUUAACGUGACUUUUCUUUUACUCGUACUGAGUGGAAUUGGUCUUUUGGCCCGACUGAGGUAUUAGCUAAUGACAUAGCGUUUAACAGACUGGAUUUUGUUUAACCAAGCCUGGUCCCUCUUGGCUGUACAUAAAUUCCCUGUCUGAAUCUUUAUUGAAGUGGCCACGCAGAUUGCUAGUAGUAGCUUACGAAUUGCCGCUGUCAUACCGCAGUAUACAUUUUGUAAACUGCCAGUGGUUUUGACAGUUGGCUUGCUAUUUAACUAGUUAAUCAACCAAGCUGCAACCAAGAGACGGGUAAUCUCAGUCAGUGAAGACCAGUGGCUAGGGGGUCAAUGAAGGUAAAUAUUUUAACAAUUGAUAUGCAUCCGAUGGCUAACUAGUUCGAUUUAGUUAAAUAUCUAACGUAGCUAGACUACCUGUUACACGUUUUUAAACGGUGUAGUGUUUCAACUACGACUAUCUGCGAAAUAGUUUCCCCUUUGAAAAAACAAAACACAACCCACUUUUAAACGGUAGCCAAUUUUUUAAAAUCCCCUCCAACCUAUAUUAUAUAUGUAUAUUUAUUUUCAGUAAAAAUGUCUGUUUUUGAGAUAUUCUAAGUAUUGGACCUAGACGAAGAAAAACGACAACCUCAGCCAGAGGGGAAACUGAUCUUCAGAUCCUGACUCCCGCAUCUCCUCUCCCCCUCCUGGAUCCCUUUUGUCCCGUGGGAAUUGGAUUUAGCCUGUGCCGUGUUUCACUGGACAUUGGUUUCUGUAUCUCUCCGGACAUUCCCACGGCUGGUGUUGUAUCGAUUCGGUCGAUCAAGAGUUGAAGAUGGCGGACCUCGAAGCAGUUCUCGCCGAUGUCAGUUAUUUGAUGGCGAUGGAGAAGAGUAAAUCUACUCCAGCUGCCAGGGCGAGUAAGAAAAUCAUCCUUCCUGAACCAAGCAUUCGGAGUGUGAUGCAGAAGUACCUGGAGGAGAGAGACGAGCUGACGUUCGACAAAAUCUUCAACCAGAAGAUCGGGUUCCUGCUGUUCAAGGAUUUCUGUCUGAAUGAGAUCGAUGAGGCGGUCCCGCAGCUCAAGUUCUAUGAAGAGAUUAAGGAGUACGAGAAGCUGGACUCGGAGGAAGAGCGGCUCUGUCGCAGCCGGCAGAUCUAUGACGGCUACAUCAUGAAGGAGCUCCUGUCCUGUUCACACCCCUUCUCCAAGAAAGCAGUGGAUCACGUCCAGACUCACCUGGCCAAGAAGCAGGUGCCUCCCACUCUCUUCCAGCCCUACAUCGUGGAGAUCUGCGACAGCCUGCGAGGGAAGAUCUUCCAGAAGUUCAUCGAGAGCGACAAGUUCACCCGCUUCUGCCAGUGGAAGAAUGUAGAGCUCAACAUCCACGUAAGUUUGACCAUGAAUGACUUCAGCGUCCACCGGAUCAUCGGCAGGGGCGGCUUUGGGGAAGUGUACGGCUGCAGGAAGGCAGACACGGGGAAAAUGUAUGCCAUGAAGUGUCUGGAUAAGAAGCGGAUUAAGAUGAAGCAGGGGGAGACGCUGGCACUCAAUGAGAGAAUCAUGCUGUCACUCGUCAGCACUGGGGACUGCCCCUUCAUUGUGUGUAUGACGUAUGCCUUCCACACUCCAGACAAACUCUGCUUUAUCUUGGACUUAAUGAAUGGCGGUGACCUGCACUACCACCUCUCCCAGCACGGCGUCUUCAGUGAGAAGGAGAUGCGCUUCUACGCUGCCGAGAUCAUCCUGGGCCUGGAGCACAUGCACAACCGAUUCGUCGUCUACAGAGACCUCAAGCCGGCCAACAUCCUGCUGGACGAGCACGGCCACGUGCGCAUCUCUGACCUGGGCCUGGCCUGCGACUUCUCCAAGAAGAAGCCUCACGCCAGCGUGGGGACUCAUGGCUACAUGGCCCCUGAGGUCCUGCAGAAGGGGACGGCCUAUGACAGCAGCGCUGACUGGUUCUCUCUGGGCUGCAUGCUCUUCAAACUGCUGCGAGGGCACAGUCCAUUUCGACAGCACAAGACCAAAGACAAACACGAGAUCGACCGCAUGACUCUUACCAUGAACGUGGAGCUGCCGGACUCUUUCUCAGCAGAGCUCAAGUCUCUGUUGGAAGGGCUGUUGCAAAGAGACGUGGCCAAGAGGCUGGGCUGCCUGGGGAGGGGGGCUCCAGAGGUGAAGGAGCAUCUCUUCUUCAAAGGGAUAGACUGGCAGCAGGUCUAUCUCCAAAAGUACUCUCCACCCUUGAUCCCUCCGAGAGGGGAAGUCAAUGCCGCAGACGCCUUCGACAUCGGAUCCUUCGACGAAGAGGAUACCAAGGGCAUUAAGCUGCUGGACAGUGACCAGGAGCUGUACAAGAACUUUCCCUUAGUGAUCUCGGAGCGCUGGCAGCAGGAGGUGGCGGAGACCGUGUACGAGGCCGUCAACUGCGACACGGACAAGAACGAGGCCCGCAAGAGAGCCAAGAACAAGCAGCUGGGCCACGAGGAAGAUUAUGCUCUGGGGAAGGACUGCAUCAUGCACGGCUACAUGCUGAAGUUGGGGAACCCAUUUCUGACGCAGUGGCAGCGGAGAUACUUCUACCUGUUCCCCAACCGCGUGGAGUGGAGAGGGGAGGGGGAGUCUCGGCAAAACCUGCUGACGAUGGAGCAGAUAGUGACGGUGGAGGAGACUCAGAUUAAGGAUAAGAAGUGCAUCCUGCUGAGGAUCAAGGGUGGGAAGCAGUUUGUCCUGCAGUGUGAGAGUGAUCCGGAGUUUGUGCAGUGGAAGAAGGAGCUGACCGAGGCCUUCACUGAGGCCCAGAAGCUCCUGCGCCGCGCCCCCAAGGUCAUCGUCAAGAGCCGCGCGGGUGUGGUCGAGCUGUCCAAGCCCCCGCUCACACACCGCAACAGCAACGGCCUGUGAGCCGCCGCCGCCGCGCUCCUCCCCCUCCCGCCCCGCCCCGCCCCCCACGCCCUGACUCCUCCCCCCCCCCCACGCCCUGACUCCUCCCCCACACACCCGCCAUAGCUCUCUUUCCCACACCUGCUCCCGUGGAUGGAACCACAUGUCCUCAGAAUGCCCUGAAAUCCCGACACACACACACGGGCACACACACACACUCACACAUGCACACGCACACACGCACACACGCACACACACACACGCUUGCUCACUGUCAUACUCCCAUGUUGUGAAGAGAAGGGCCCGCUUUAGAGAGGGCUCUUCAGGACAGAGCAGAGAGAUGCGCACCAGUCAAGGCCUUUAUCUGGGAGCCCGGAACAGUCUGCCAUCGAGUGGAAACAGAUGGAGAGAGGGGAAGGAGAGCGAGGGAGUUCCCUUUCCCUCUUUUUCCUCUCCUUUCUCCUCCCUCCCUCCACUCCCUGCCGUGCGGCGGCAGGCGCUGCAGGUGUGAAGGAACUCUGGGCGCUGCGCCUCUGGCGCCCUCUAGCAGGCCUGCAGUGGUACUGCAGGGACAAAGCGUCAAGGAUACGGCCCCUGAAAGAUCUGCACUGUGAUGCACCCUCUCCUGAUUGGCUGUCCUUCGGCAAGACAAGGGCACGGCGACCAGGACGCCGGCGGAGUUCUGGGGGAGCGCCAUUUUCCCAAAUAUCCGCGAGGGGUCAGACUUUGUUUAAAGGCCCCGGCGGUCCUGAUCACCGCCCUGUCCCGUCCCGCCACCAAUCGCCUUUCUGUCCUCAGCCAGAGCCUCUCCUGUCCAGCGGACACGCGGCACCAGCGUGCUGCACCCCCCCCCCCCCCCGAGAUGAACUGACCCGCUCCCCAGGCUCUGUGCGGCCUGCACUCUGUUCUCUGCUGGAUUGGGACGGGGGGGGUAGGUGGUGAUGAUGGAUGGACUGUACCAAGACGGGGGGCAUCAAACAAGGGCGGAAGGAGCGGGUGGGUUAAAUUAUACAGACAUUGCGCCAGUUCUUACACUGGAGUCCGUUGAGUGGGGAGGAGGAGGUGGUGGUGGGGGAGCAGGACGGUUUGGUUUGAACCAUGAGGAGCAGAAGAGUGUGUUUUGUGUCACGUGUGUGUGUGUGCGUGUGUGCGUGUACAUGCCGAGGUAUAGGGAGACGGCCCACAUUUAUGUCGGAGGGGGAACGAUCUUUUUGGCUUGAAUGUCUUUUGUUUUUAUUUGAUUUUUUCUGGUAAAAUGGAGUGUAGAGAUAGAAAACGCUGCUGGAUACGUUGUAUACCCCCCAUCCCCCCUAUAGAAGUGCGAAAAGUGCCAAUGUUAAUGUUAUACUUGAGACGCUUCAGAGCCCGGCCCCGCCCCGCCCCCGGGGAGUUCGGCCCGAGUCCCGGCGAAAAAAAGGGUCCCGACGCAGAAGUGCGGAAGGGCCUGUGCCCCCAGCCCCCAGCCCCCAGCCCCCAGCCCCAGCCGGACCUGCCAUCGCUCCGUACCUCUCCCCCGUGCUUCUGAGCCCAAUUUCAGGAAGGCCUCCGGGGGAACUGGACUGUACCCUUCCCCGCACGCGCAUCCGUCGGGACGACCGGAGCAAGGGGCGCACGGGGUUCCCCCCGCAAAGACGACAGCAGAGCGAAGCCUCGGUUUGACUGUACAUAAAUAUAUUUAAAAAAGGAAAAAAAAAAUACAAAAAAGACAUAAAGAGAAGCAACCCUUUUUCGUGUGCAUCUACAGUAUACUCUCCUGGAUAAUGUUUGUAUAUAUGGGGAAUUAUCGGUUUGCCUGUCUGUGUGUGUGUUUAUUUUUUUAUUUCUCUCUCCUCUGUCCCCCCCUCUGUCUUGGCCUGUUUGGAGGUGCUGGGUGGAUCUCAAGCUUUUUUUUGUCGUUUGCGGUUCGGCCAACGAGCGGACACCAUGCGAGCGUACCUGGGGCCGAGGGCGUCCAGUCCACUCUGAAUUACCAAGUGUGUGUGUGUGUGUGUGUGUGUGUGUGUGUGUGUGUGUGAGAGAGUGUGUGUGAGUCCGGUGGACGUACGGUUUCAUUCACUCGUGAUAAGCAGGUGGGACGGCUGCCUUUUUUGUCUUUUUUUUUUUUCUUUUCUUUCCCCCCCCCAUCAGGGAGGUGUGUGUGGGAAGAGAGGGAGAGAAGGGUCAGGCAGCCGUAGACACUUGCUGGAGUAGCACGCGCACACACACUGAUUCAUCUGCACACACACACACACACACGCACACACAACCGUGAGGAGGAGGAAUACGCAGACACUCCUCCACCCAGUGAAAUUCGACCAGGCAGAUGAACAUGGGGGGGCUGGAGGUGGGGGGUGGCUGUACAGACAGGUGUGUAAGUGUCUGUGAAUGUGUAUGUAGUGUGUGUCUGUGAGAGAGAGACAGAAAGACACGCUGUCUUUGGCUUAAAAGACAGGAGUGGAACAUGGUUACCGGGGACGAGACUUUAACCCUUAUUUUUGUUAGAAGGCUUGAUUUUCAAUAUGAUUUAAAUUUUUUGUAUCGUUUUUAUGAAUGUGACGCAGAAUGCAGAUUUCUAGAGAUUAAAUAUUUUUUGGGCUAGGAUUAUUUUUUUGUGCUUUAUUUUGUACAAUUUAUGUUUUUUAUUUGAAAACUUUUUUGCUGUUUCUUUGGUCAUAUUUUGGGUUUUAUCCAAGGAAAGAAAGGCAGCGUUGAAAUGGAGAGAAGCCUCCUCCUUAAGAUGGAAAAGACAUGAGAAUCAUGGACAGGUUGACAUUUUCCAUUUUCAGGUUUCUGUUGAUGCAGUAAUGUUGUCCUUUGGAUUCUGGCUGUCCGUGCAUUUCAGAACAGUUUGAUGUGCAUGUGAUUGAGGGGAUGGGGGGGUGGGAAGGUGGGAUGGGGGUGAAUAUUCAGGUUAGCUUUUGAAGGGGAGAAACGGCCAUCUUUGAGAAAGGCUCAGUCGCUGUCGCUUGCUGAAGGGCCUUUUGCAAACAAAAAAAAAAAAAACAAAAAAAAAAAAUAAUUUUUAAAAAAUCAAGAUUGUUGAUCAGAAUGUUUCUGCGGUUGUGUUACAGACUAUUACACAAAACAUGGCUUGCCUUUUAAAUGUGCCAAAUUUGUCAGGAAAUUGCUAUUGAACCAGCAGAAGACUGACUUAAAUGUCAGUUCACUGGAAAGUUUGAAGCAGGAGAGGAGAAGAGGAGGAAGAGUCUUUCUGCGGACCAGCUGCCCGCACACACCAGCACGUUUUCGCUGCCAAUCAGCAUCGCGCGUUUAUCUCCUCCUUUCCCAGCCGGUGUUUCCCAGAAUGCCCCCGGUCCGCGUACAAGGGCAAGCGUCUCUGUAGGGUUUCUGGCCCCUGGAAUCGGUACGUUUUGAUUGGAGGAAACGGGAGGGCUCGGAAAGCGAUAGGGCCGUCCCGAGCCCGCAGGGGGGAUUCUGAGCCCGUUACGAUUGGGCGAGGGAAGCUGGGACUCGGGCCGCCGCUGAUGCCUAGCGUGACUCCGCCCCUCGGAGAGAGCUGGCUGCUGUGACCGUCGGGAAAGAGACUUUUUUUGACCCCUUCCACCCACCCCCCGUUUCUCAAAGAUGGCGGUCCCCUCCCGCAAUCCAGAAAUGAGAUGUUUCAGGGUUAUUUUUUUUCCUUUUUAAUCGUAGCUUCUCAUUCACUUUGUCAGUGUUUGCUUCAUUCGAUCGUUUGCGUGUCUGUUCGUUUUGGUAGAACGUGUUUUUCACAGAGCUGCAGGGCUAAAUGAGUUCAAUGAGGACAAUAAAUAUAAAUUAGGAAAAAAGGCAAGACGUUCUGAAACGUAUAUAUGCAUAUAAAUAUAUAUAUAUAUAUGUGUGUAUAUUAAAAUGACAAAAUGAGUUAGGUUUAUUUAAAAAAGAUUAAAAAGGAUACAGGGGGAGGGCUCGAGUUUUCGAUGUGGAUUCAAACUCGGGCGAACCGGCUCCGAUGUUGCACAUACGUUUAGAUAUUGUACCUACGAGUUAGAGGUUUCUUCAUUCUUAUUUUGUUCUGUUGAUUACAGGAUCACUUUGCCCUCGGUCAUAUUUAUUGUCUGUUCAGGGAGCUAGACCCCUUCAUUCUGAGAGCCUUGCGCUCACGCCAGGAGGUUUAUUCUUCCCAAAGGCACUGUGCUAGAGAAUUACCGGUUUACAGUCUUCAGAAAAACUCUUUGUGACGUGCCACAAACAACUCAAAUACUACUGUCUGUGGGUUUAUAUUACGGUGAUGAUGACGAUGAUGAUUAUUGGUAAUAUUAUUCUAUUAAUGAUUAUUGUUAUUAAUUGAAAUUUUAUUUUAUUUUAAAUGAGUUUUUUUUUUUUUUGUUUUUUUUUCUGGAACAGCUAAGAACAUAUGUGUUGGACUGCUCAUAUAAACAGAAACAGUUCAGAAAUAAAAAGGCCCUUUUUUCGUGUUA